AUGGCCAUCCUGCCUGCAAAUCAGAGAGACGACAAACUUUCCUCGCUCUGGCAGGCCGCCUGCACUGACUAUGCCAAUGAAACCGGGACUACGCUCAGCGACGAGGAACUGCGGAGCCUCCGUGGCCCCGAAGACCUGUCGCGGCAGCUAGACAAUGAGAGAAACAAUUUCGAGGACUUUCGCGUGAAGAGACGCCCACUCCUCCAUGCGAUGCAGACUGUGCUCGUCCCCUUUGAGAGCUUUGGCGAUCUCAUCGCGGGCGUUGCGGCAGCGGCAUUCCCGCCAGCGUCGUCAAUUAUGGGGGCGAUGUUGCUACUUGUACGUGCGGCAAGGAAAGUAAGCGAGGCAUUUGAUAUGAUUAUGGAUUUGUUUCGCAAGCUGGGCCAUUUUGCACUGCGGCUGGACUCGUAUAAGGGCGUCCCGCUGAGUGAGGGGAUGAAGGUGAUUAUUGUCAAGGUGUUGGUGAAUUUCCUGCGUGUCUGUGCGGUGUCGCAGAAACUGUUUCGCAAGGGUUCCCUGAAAGCGAGACUGACAAAAUGGGCGAAGAAUGCGAUCGUGGAGGAUACGGAGGUUAGUUCGCUCUUGGGCGAGCUGGAGGAGCUGACGAGCCAAGAGCAUAUGAUGGUUUCGGCGCAUGGGCUGAACAUAACCCAUCAGGCGUUCCGGAAUACGGAGGAGUUGCUUGAGAGGGAUGAUCGCAGGCGUGACCAGGAGAAACUAGAGAAGGUCAAGGCUGCACUACAUCCAGUAUCCGCGUCGAGCAAAGUUUUGUCUUUCAUCAAUGAGAAUCGCAUACCUGGCUCAGGGAGCUGGGUAGAGGAUAGGCUUCGAACAUGGUGGCAGGGAACUCAGCCUCUUCUUUGGCUUCAUGGGGGUCCUGGGGUGGGCAAGUCCCAUCUCGCGUCCAAAAUUAUCACGGGCCUUUCGAGUGGAGAGUUUUCUGCUACUGCCCCCUUGGUGGCAUCUUUCUUCUGCAGAAACAACGACGUUGAUCUACGCUCCGUCAACAAGGCUUUGCGCACCUUGGUAUGGCAGGUUGCCACACAGAGCCCAAGCUUCGCAACUCGUGUGGAAGAGUUCUGUUUGAAAGAGGACACUGAAAAUACUUAUGACAUGUGGAGAAAGCUGCUACUCGAAAGCCUCACUGAGACGCCCUCAGUGGAGACGUGCUUCGUCAUCGACGGUCUGGAUGAGGCGGAGCCGGAGGAACUGGAUGUCCUUGCAAGCCUACUGGAGAAAUCUUUCUCAGAAGGUGACACAGAGACAAGGCCACACUUACGAAUUGUACUGCUGAGCAGGGACUCGGUGCGCCCCGUGCUCGAAGCACAUUCUCUGGACUGGAUCCCCGAAAUCGAAGUCGGCAAUAACGAGAACAAGAAUGACCUUCACGAAUAUGUCUCUCAAAAGCUACAGACGACUAAAAUGUUUCGCUCGGCGCCUGACCUCCGAGAGGAGAUCGUCAAGGAGGUCAGCCGGGAGGCCGAAGGUCUCUGGGAAUGGGCUAAUCUGGUCAUUAAAGCUGUCCUGCGCUGUCGGACCAAAGAGCAGAUCCAGAAGAUCAUCAGGACUACCCCGCGGGGAAUAAGCGCGAUGUUAAGCCAAGAGCUGCAGCGCUUGAGCAGAGAGCUGUCGCUAUCGGGAGAAGCGUCCAAUGACGAUUACUCCAUUGAGGAAGCCGCGACGCAGAUUGACCAAUUGAAUGUCCUGCUCUCCUUUGUGACACUCGCACAAAAGCCGCUGACAUUCCGGCAGCUCGAAAUAAUGCUGCAGAUCAUCUUCAAAGAGGAGGUACUGAACUUGGAGGACGACAUCCGCAGCUUAUACUCGUCACUCUUUCAAAUACGGCAUGACGUAGACGAAUAUAAAUGGGAGACUGAUGUUGUGAUCCUGCGACAUAGCUCGUUUUACGACUAUUUCAGGACGUCGCAGAAGUCUGGGCUGAUUCAUGUCAAUGUUGAACAAACCGAGGCCAACUUCCUAUACGUCAUCCUUCAGACGUUUAGAGAGGUCCACAAACCAAGGUCCGAACUAGGCCCCGAAGAGCUGUACCUGGGUGACGUUAGACCCUAUGCUGAUAAAUUCCUGGCAUGGCAUUUAAUGCGCGCGACUCCUGAAGCCGCAGGGCAGCGACGUGAAGAUAUUUCAACCCUCUUCCAAGACUUGUUCAUCCAAGAGAAAUAUAUGAACUGGUUGGUCACCGUCGUACAAAUGAGGGACUUUGCUAAGUACUGCUUCUAUCCUUCGUCUCACGUAUCGGACGCUGCGGAGUUCUGGCUGUAUGCCGAAGAUCGGAUCACUACAAAUGAGAGGGCAGAUUUGGUCCUGAAUUGGCUUCUCCCGGAGACAAGACAGCGCUUCGAAGAAAAUGCUCGUUCAUCGGAGGACGCAAGCGACACAUGCCCGUUUACGGUGCUCUUCUCCUUUAUGGUGUGUAGUUGGUUCCGCCUUUGGCUGACCCCAGAUGAAAUCAAAGAGGACGAUGGCUGGCCUGCAGCCCUUCCACGUCUGUUGAAAUUAUAUUCGGUCAUGGCGACAGUGGAUGAGGAAUCGGACGAAAACGAGGGGUUAAAAAAACUACUACCGAUGAGGUGGGGCAACACCGGCGUGUCUGUAAUCUUUGAAGCCGCCGAACUACAUAAGUUUGAGCACACAGCGAUGUGGCAUGCCAGAGUCGCUCAGGCGCUGCUCUUGCAAUACCACCAUCAAGAAGCGCGCGAGCAAUUUCGCGCCAUACUCGACGAUGAUAAAAUGGCAGAUGCCCUCAACGAACAAGACCUCUCUGUCGUGCAUAGAGACCUGGCUCGAGCAUGUACUGAGAUAGGGAGACACGAGGAGGCAUUGAGCCAUAUGGAACUCGCUGAAUCGAUAAGGUUGCCGGGGGACGAGGAUCAUUCAGACCAGGAUCGAGUGGGCCGAUUGCUGAAUUUGGCGCAAUUGAAGUAUCGUGCAAAGCAAAGAGAGAGUGCAAUUUCGACAGCAAAUGAAGCUUGGCAGGAGCUGUUGGCAUCUCGGGAACACUGGUGGUAUCCUGAGUUCCUUUCCUUCUUCGACAUUUUCCUUGAGUUGCGGCAGCCACAGCUUCUUGAAACUGUUUUAGACUACGCCGCCAAGCAUUUUGAAGGGACGAAUUCCGAAAGACCGAAGUAUAUGGAUCUGGAAUACUACAUUUUCGACACUUUCAACGAUAAACCGCGCACCAUGUAUAGUGUGUUUCAGAUUGUUUUGAAAGAGGACGAUCAGCGUUGCCUAAGUCAUCUUGCGAAGGCCAUGAAGAAAACCGAUACCCUGACAAAAGAGGAUCAUAACAUCGCCCAACUUAAAUAUCUCAUUGCGACUGUACUAUUCGACAAGGGACAGUUGGAUCUGGGGAUUCAAGGCUGGUGUCAGGUUUUCACAGCCGCCUAUAGUCCUACUGACAACACUUGGGGUAACGAAAAUUAUCGCGAGCGAUCACUGGCCCACCUGGUGGAAUUGUGCCUGAGCGACACUGAUAUCCCUUCUUCUGAGAGUUUCCCGAUCACGCUGGGUACUGCGGCUGACUCGAGUGAUGCCUGUUUAAUCAUUUCGAGCUGGCUUCAGAACCAUGGAGAUCCCAACAAUGCUAGACAUGUUCUCCGCGGUCGCGUUAAAGCAUGCGUUGCCUUACUAUCGGACGACGAUCCAACAAAUGAUGAGGACGCUUUCAUUUCUCUUUUCAAGACAUUUAUGAUUGAUUCCGGUAGCGAGGAAGAUCUCGGUGCAGCUUUGUACUGGAUCAAGCAAGAUAAUGAGCGGUUGAUCAAGAGAUACGAUGACGAGGAGCGUGAUGCUGAGAAAUCGAAAGACGGGGCGGGGUUGGUGGGCUCGCUGGGCAAAACUAAUUUGGAAGACAACAGCGAAGACAUGAAUAGCGCCGACAGUCUUGACGCUUUGAAUAUUUGGUUCACAUGCGAUGCCCUGACAAUGUGCUCGAUAUGCACGCAGCAGAUUAAAAGUAUCCACGGCUGGUACUAUUGUCGCUCUUGCCCGUACAAAACCUGCUGCCGAGAGUGCUCCGGCAAGCACCAGCGGAUCGGGAACAGCUCUGGUUUAUACAAAUGCCUUGGUGUUUGUGAUGAUGAACACAAUUUCUUCUAUACCGGUGGGCUUCUUCAGACGGCAGAGCGUGUUCCGGAUGGCAUGGUACCGGUGGUCUCUUCAGAUGGGGAUAGGAAUGCUAUUUGGAUUGAAGACUGGAAGGAUGGGCUUGCUAAAAAGUGGGAGACUGCUGAUUUCACUUUCGAUGGCGGGCUGUCGGCUUGGUGCAUACGCGUUUUGCCGGAGCCACAGAGGACACGGUGGGCUACAAUGUUCAAAUCCUGA